GUAGUCACAUGUCAAAUCCUGUGCUAGCGUUGUACAGCUGGCAAAACAAUCCUAAAAAAAUCGCAAAAAUCGAGUGUUUACAUCAAAGGACAAUGAGCACAACAAUACAGGUUUAGGUUGUAUCAUUUUCAUUGAUAGUCUCAAAGCUAACGUCUCUGCGCGGUUUGUUCCCGUUAACGCUAAACAAUGUCGGAACCUCAAGGAAGUAAAAACACGAAUACGGAACCAUGGGGUGGAUUUGAUGACAACAUUAUCCAGGGCAGUAACUCUGCAGUGAUAGACAUGGAGAAUAUGGACGACACCUCUGGAUCCAGCUUUGAGGAUAUGGGGGAGAUGCAUCAGUCCAUGAAGGAGGAGGAGGCGGUGGCAGCCGAGGCAGAAGCUACGGAGGAGGACACUGGAGAAGAUGGAGAGUUCCUCGGCAUGAAGGGCUUGAAGGGACAGUUGGGCAGACAGGUUGCUGAUGAGGUGAGAUGGAAAGAGGGACACAUGUCGUCCAGAGAUAGAAUGUAUGUGCCUAAAAGGAGCAUUUCACUGAUAAUCUGUGUAUCUGUUUUAUCCACACAGGUAUGGCAGGCAGGGAAGCGUCAGGCCUCGAAAGCUUUCAACCUGUAUGGUAAUAUUGACAUCCUCAGACCGUACUUUGAUGUGGAGCCUAUUCAAGUCAGAAGCCGGUUGAUUGAAUCUUUGAUACCCGUCCGAGUGAUCAACUUUCCACAGAAAGUUGCUGGAGAACUGUAUGGACCACUGAUGCUGGUGUUCACAAUGGUGGCCAUUCUGCUUCAUGGCAUGAAGACAUCAGACACUGUCAUCAGAGAGGGCACCCUGAUGGGCACUGCCAUUGGAACCUGUUUUGGAUACUGGUUGGGAGUCUCCUCCUUCAUCUACUUCAUUGCGUACAUUUGCAAUGCUCAGAUUACUAUGCUGCAGAUGUUGUCUUUGCUAGGUUAUGGUCUCUUUGGCCACUGUGUGGUCCUUUUCAUCACCUACAACGUCCACUUCCACUCGCUCUUCUACCUUCUUUGGCUGGCUAUUGGAGGGCUCUCUACACUCCGCAUGGUGGCUGUGCUGAUCUCCCGUACCGUUGGUCAGACUCCUCGGCUCAUCUUGUGUGGCACCCUGGCUGCUCUGCACAUGCUCUUUCUGCUCUACUUGCACUUUGCUUACCAUAAGAUGGUUGAAGGUAUUCUGGAUACCUUGGAAGGACCCAACAUUCCUCCCAUUCAGAGAGUGGCCAGAGAUGUUUCCGUUGUUGCAAACACUGUUGUAAAUGCCACCAUAAAGACUAUAGCUGCAAUUGUUCAGACACAGUGAUUAUAUAUUUGGGUGGUCACACAGGCCAGUGUGAGUUUAGUGUGUGUAUGUAUGGUCAGGACACGUUCUAUAGAGCACCAUUUAAAUCUUAAAAAGAUCCCGGUACUGUCAAAGUGAUCUUAAGGGAUACGUUUAGUUCAAGAUGACUUGUGUGGAUCAUAUUAUUACGAGACAGCCGUUUUGACAGGCCGUCCACGUCACUUUACACUUGUCUUAAAUCAUUUUUGUUGCGAAGGUUUUACAGGCCUACUAAUGUUAGACGGUUUAUUCAGAUUAUGGAUAAAACUAUUUAUCUCAUCAACAAGAAAGACUUUCUUUAAGAUGCUAAUACUAAUGACAUAAAAGAUCCUUCCAAAUGUUUCUGCCAUUAUUCGCAGCUGGAUACUCGGUGAAAGAUCUCUUGCAUAAACGGAGCUCUUUCCAGUCGAUUGUCCACACAGUUUCAGUUACAGCAAAUGACAUGACACAACACUUGUUCUGUUUUUAGAUCUUGUUGCUUAAGUUCUUUUGUUCACAGUUGAAGAGGAGGUCAGUGUAUAGAUGGAGAACUGUAAUGAUAUUUUAUUUGAGGAUGAGAAAAGUCUUUGGUGCAUGAGAUCUUUUUUCUUAUUCAUUUUUUAAGCAGCCAUUGUCUCUGGUUGAGGGUUAGAAGUGCUCUCUCGUUAUGCUAUCGUUUUCAUGUGAUCUUCCUAUUUAAAAGGUUCGUGUAAAGAGAAAAUAGAGGAAUUAAAGCUCAUGUUGUGCUUAUUUAUGGCAUUAUGGCCUGUAUUUGUAUGGUAAAGGGAGUUAUUGAUGCAUGUUUAUUACAUUAACGUUAAUUUUGUUCUGUAAUGCCUUUAAAAAUAAGAUUUCAAGGUUUUCAUAGACACAUAACCCAUGUUGGUCUAUGUCAUACAAAACAAUCACAAUAGCGCACAUAGAAGACAUAAUGUUUGUGUUUUUAAAAUCAUAUAAGGGUGAAUAAAUGGCAUAAUUUUCCAGACAGCUUUCAUUCCUAAUUAGGUUUGUUCAAUAUAAGUGCAAUGGUCAGGUGAGUUAAGGUGAGCUACAUUAGGAAUUAACUGUGUUUGUUUCGUUCUGGGUUCACAUUUCCAGCUCUCACUAAGUCUGUCACAAAGAUAUGGCCAUGCAACCAGACACGCUGUGGGUACAAUUGGUUAUACUAUCCACCUGCAAAUCCUGUUGCUGAGGAAAAGACAGGUGACAUUGACAUAAUGCAUUAUUUACAAGUCUCAUAGUUAUCUUGGACAAUGUGCGAAUUUAUUGGUUUAAGUAAAGCUUUUUACUUUGA